AAAAUUCCAAACAUUUAUGGGGAUUCUUUCUGGAAGUUCACUUACUCACUGAGACUGAAAGAUUCCAAGGCCAAUGUCGAACAUCCUCGGGAUUAUCGGAGAUCACCUUGUCAUCACUCAACACCUCCUCUUCACACUCCUCUGCAUCUCGGUAAUACAUAUUCUAUACGUUCAUACUUCAUAGUAUGCCUGCACAUCUCUCUACAGCUAUAUGUAUAUGUAUAUACAUACGUGUGUGUGUGACUGUGUAAUAUUUGGUCCUCUGAGUUAUUGAUCUGCUGUUGGGUUUCCCUGAAGAAAUUCUUGCAGGCAGUUGGAAGUGAAUCGGAGAAGUCACAACAGUACCCUUUAGUUGUAAGCACUUGGCCUUUCGUAGAAGCUGUUAGGGCUGCCUGGAAGGCCGCUGAUAGCGGUUUGUCAGCUAUGGAUGCAGUGGUGGAAGGCUGUUCCACUUGUGAGGAAUUACGGUGUGAUGGCACAGUUGGGCCUGGCGGAAGUCCAGAUGAAAAUGGAGAAACCACAAUCGACGCUAUGAUCAUGGAUGGGACAUACACAGGUGACAAUGGAAGUUGGAGCUGUUGGUGCUAUGAGGUAUGUGAAAGAUGGAAUAAAAGCUGCAAGGCUGGUGAUGCAAUAUACCAAACACACUAUGCUUGUUGGGGAGCAAGCUUCGGUCUUUGCCCUUUCCAUGGGCCUUCCUGGGCCUACAAACCUAAGCUCAGCAGAAUCAAUAGAAAAAUGGAUGAAAUGGAAAGAAAGCAAUUGCCAAUCUAAUUUUAGAAAAAAUGUCUUCCCUGUGGACAACUGCGGCCCAUACCAUCCUAAGCGUUCUCUCUACCAGGAUGAGCAUAUAUGCUCCACGAGGCCUACUCAAUCAGGGUCAUUUCAUAUAAACCGUAACAACCAUGACACAAUCUCAAUGGCAGUUGUUGACAGAGAAGGGCAUAUUGCUGUUGGAACCUCAACUAAUGGGGCAGCAUUCAAGAUUCCUGGAAGGGUUGGUGAUGGACCUAUUGUUGGGUCUUCAGCAUAUGCUGACUCUGAAGUUGGAGCUUGUGGGGCAACUGGGGAUGGUGACAUCAUGAUGCGUUUCCUACCAUGCUAUCAAGUUGUGGAAAGUAUGAGAUUAGGCAUGGAACCCAAAGUUGCAGCUCAAGACGCAAUAUCACGUAUAGCGAGAAAAUUCCCAGGCUUCAUGGGGGCAGUGUUUGCUGUCAACAAGAAUGGUGUUCAUGCCGGUGCAUGCUAUGGGUGGACAUUUCAGUACUCGGUAAUGAAACCUGGAAUGGACGGUGUUUAUGUCUUCACCGUUUACCCUGAAACCAUGACUGUGUGACAAAGAUGCCCCCAGUCCCCAACUUCCCUUUUCAAGUAUGCAAUGUGGAAUUCAUUGCAGUUCCUUUGUUGUAAUAUUAAUUUGCUAGGCUAGAAGAAUUCCUCAAUUCAUAUCAACAGAAACUAAAAACGAUGUUGUUUAGAAGUUAUAUUUUUUUUGAAAGGGCUGAAAGGAAGAUAAAUGGCAUAUGGACUUCAUUAUAUGACAGUCACUCCAUCUUUUAUACGAAGUAUAUUAUUUUUA